AUGUCUGAGUUUAAUUGUAGCACUUGCAGGCAAAAAUUCAACACUUUUAUGUGGUGUGAUUCAUGUCAAAAGCAGGAAUUUGAGAAUAAUUUCAAAAACUGGACGAGUGAAAAUGAUGAAAUCGAUUCUUUUAUACAGCAAACCCAAUUAAAGGCGAUAGAUUUUGAUCAAUUCAUUCAAUGGAUGCCUUUUGAAGGUUUUGACAUCUUGGGAAAGGUUGGCCAAGGAGGCUUUGCUACGGUCUAUGAGGCCAUUUGGUGUGAUGGUCCUAUAUGGAAUUGGAAUGUCAAGAGUAGAAAAUGGGAAAGAAAUGAUUCUUGCAGGGUUGCUUUGAAAGUGCUUGAAGAUUCAAAAGGUAGCACGGAAUUUUUGAAAGAGAUUUCGGCAUACGUUGAAUGUGCGGCUUUGUCUGUAUUAAAGCAAACUAUCCUUCGAUGUUAUGGAAUUUCUCAAGACCCGGAAACUCAAGAUUUUAUUAUGGUUCUAGAAUAUAUGCCGUACGGUAAUAUUCAUCUCUUGGAAGCGAAAUGUGAUUGGUCGACGAGAAUUACAAUUCUUAAAGAUAUUCUUCACGAUGUUAAGGAUGAAAAAUUGUUCAAGUUCGGACACGAAUACGAAUUACAUCCUGGUGCCGUUUAUAUUAGUCGUGAUCUUAGCAUAUAUGCUCAAUAUUUAUCACAAGAUGAAGUAGUAGAAAUCGAAUGGAGUAAAGGUAAAAAAUUAGAAGUGUACGAAAGGUAG